GCCGCACGCGUGGACGCAGCGGGUUUUGUGAACGCUCGAGCGCGCUGCUGCUGAACACCACCUGUACCUAGCGAGUCUCUCUUUCACGGUCCUACGUCUGUGGGUGUGCUGGACCGGGCGAUUGUGGAUUUUUACUCGCGUGUAGCAGGAUACCAACGAUCGUUACCCGAAGCCAGGCCAAAAAAAAAAAAAAAAUAGCGAGAAAGUGUGUACGAGUGUCGUCGCAAGUGGUUGUGGUGUGGCUCGUGUUUGGAGAGUCCGCUAGCCCAGGUUACUGGCAUUCGGAUUGCAGCAGGCAUCAGCUGGCCAGAUAGGCCGCCGCCGCCGCCACCACUAUGGUACCCGUUCGAAUCGUCCACUGGCAGGAGGCGGUGUUACUUGUGCUGGGUCUGUACACGCUCGCUGCCAUCCCCGGUAGCAUCGGCAACCGGGAGCACAAGGUGCACAACAUCGUGCUGUACCCGGACAAGCAGUCCUGGUGUACGACGCGCAACAUUACACAGGUGAUAACGGAGCCGGGCUGCAAACAGGUGACGAUCGACAACAAUGUGUGCGUUGGCGCUUGCUUCAGUUACUCGAUCCCGCACACCGAACCGUCGGAUCCCGGUGAGAUCAUCGGACCGUACUGCGACUCCUGUCAACCAUCCGAAGUGUCCUACCGAGCGGUGAAGAUGGAUUGCUCGGAGCAUCCGACAAUGAAGACACCUUACCUCGAAAAGCACAUCCAGCUCAUUCACAACUGCUCGUGUACGGCGUGCGAGGAGCAAUCGGCUGCCACCGGUGUCGGCAGCCACCGUCAGGAGCAGUCGCUGCCAUUGGCUACAUCUUUGACCCACCAGCAACAGCAGCAGGAGCAUCACCACCACCAGGUCAAGUCACCGUUGGACGCUUCCGCCAGUGCUAGUGCCGCCGGCAGUGAUAUGAUUCAGGACGAUAUACCGGAGAUUCUCGAGGUGGUGCACUACAACGAGAACGACACGGAACCGAUCCGCCACACGCCGGUGCACGAGCUCCAGACGCACACCGGCGGUACCAGCUACCUACAGCAGCAGCAACUCAACCACUACGAGCAUAACAGCCACACGGACAACGUGAAGAAGCUGCUGCACCAGAAGAUCACGAAGCUGCUGCGGUCGAUUGAGGUCACGAACUCGGCGACCGACCGGGAGGAGCUGGUCGAGAUGAUACGGCUGAUCAAAGGUACGAGCGAUCGGAACUGGGACGAGCUGGUCGAGAGUUUGCAGUCGGAGAACGCGAUCCUCGACUUUAACCGAUUGCGCACGGAGCUGGUGGAGGGCAGCGAGGACGAUGAGGUGACGCAGGCGGCGAGGAAGAGCGCUUCGCCGGUGAUACCAGUGGUGGUCGCUUCCGCGCGCCAACCAGUACCACCACCAGUCAGUGCUGAUGAGACCGAUCUGCUAACGAUCAACCGGGUGCCGCACCAACAGCAGGAGGAUGAAGAAGAGACCGUUGAAGAGCAGGAGGAGAAAGAGCAGGAGGAUCAAGAGGUGGAGAUGGGUGAGAAGGUUAAGGAAGAAGCGAAGGAGUACCGGCAAGGUCAUGGUGACGAUUCGUUAGCAAAGGAACACGCCGGCCCAACAUCUAGUGGCGAUCACCGGCGAUUGAUGCAGCAUCAGCACAGUGCGGUGCGUGGCCACACCGGGCAGACACCGGGCAGUGACAACCAUCAUCAUCAUCAUCAUCAUCACCACCACCAGCAGCAGCAUCGUCAGCAUGUGGUCGGGGAGCGGGUCGAUGCUCACCAUCAUCUGGGCUGGGGACCGCACGGUGCCCUCGUGAUACGGGCCAACGAGGAAGAUCUGGAGGAACACCGGAGCAUCCAGAAUGGGCACGAGAUACAGGAGAAGAUCAACAUACACGCCCACGAGCUGAAACCGAACCAUGCCGGCAUGGUGGUGUCGUACGAUCAUCGGUCGGCGCGCGAUGGCACCGGCACUGGCCGGCCUGACCCCACGAAGCACGACGAUCUCGCUCAUGGUUCGCACGUGAAGCAUAGUUCGGGACAGGAGCAGCAGCAGCACCACCACCAUCAUCCCAAUCUCCAUCAGCACCACCAUCACUCGCAACGUCAUGGCCAGCGAGCUGAAAGCGAACACAGACCCGUGCUGGGAGCCUUGGGCAGUGGCCAGAAUUACCAGAAGCCCCACGGGCAGCACCAGCACACCCAACACCAGCCUGGCUCGCACCCUGGAUCGCAUGGGCCUGCUACCGGCGGAGUGGCGGACGUUGAUAGCCAGUGAACGCAACGGUGUUUGUUGGGGUCGCUGUGGGAUGCAGAUGCGCUGUGUACGAGAUUUGUUAGUAAUAUACACAAAAUUGCAUGUGUAGGUGUUGGCAAAGAAUAACUCCACACAGGUUUCGGAACACCAAGUCAACGCAACAAUCAACACAUCGGCAGCGUGGCGGCCGGAAAAUGGAGGUGAAGCGGAAACGGACUCGGUCCCUAUCUUUUUCUUAGUUUCGCAUACUUAAGCUCCUCUAGUCGUUUAGAUAUUCUUCAAACAAUUUCGGCAUUUCGGAACACUAAUACGAGUAAUUUUUCUGGCAGGAAUAAAAUGAGAACAGACAGACAAGUGGCAGUGAGAGCAGACGCAGGCGAUAGAACCACGGAGAAAAGGAUCGCGCUAGCAGGAGACACACCGUGCAGUCGGCGAGGAAAUCGUCGUGUACUCUAGCGUAUCGUUUGUUUGAGUUUGAGACGAACCAUGUAUACCAUACAAUUCGGAAGCGCAUAUAUUUAUAUUGCGGGGGUGGGGCCAUCGCAUUGCAAAGCAGCGUUUACCGUGCCCUGUAUAACUCACAGCACUACUGCUUGCAAGCUUAGAGCGUCCACGGGAGGCGGAAACCGAAACAAUUAGCAAUGUAAGCGUAUCCCUGAUAAGUUUGUUCCAUGUUUUUUUUUUAUCUAUUGAUGUUUCUCUUGGGUUAUUAUUACUGUACCAUGUAAACCAUGAUUGCCCUUUUUAGCGUCGGUCGUCGGCAGGGGCUCCCGCACACUUGGUGAUAGAGGAGUAGUGGUUGACGGCAGGGCAGGGGCGGUCAAAAUUCCUGUUAAUUCGAUCGAAUCGUAAUAAAAGGUACAAUAUUCUUAAAGAAGA